GCCUUGCCUACACAAGCUCACGGAACUGUGGUUCUAUUUUCCCAUCUUCCUUCAAUCAUCCUCACGUCGCUUGCGCACUCCAUGUGCUUGUCAGGACACCCAGUCUUGCUUUCCAACGGACCCGCUCCAGCCUGACUUCCGGAUUCCUUGACUUGAAGGUAGAUUUGUUCAUGGUCAUGGCCGAUCAAAGCCCACCAGCAGACUCGGGGUCUGCGCAAUCCCAGACACAGUCGCAGUCGGGAGGCGAACAGUCAGGCGCAACAAAAGCUCCUCCGAACCAAACUCCUGGACAUCCUAGCUUCAGACGGCAGCGCGCUUCUCGGGCUUGUGAAACAUGCCACGCACGCAAGGUGCGGUGCGAUGCUGCCUCUCUAGGUGUCCCUUGUACCAACUGUGUUGCGUUUUCCAUUGAAUGCCGGAUUCCUGUGCCCAAGCGGAAGCGGGCUGGCACCUCUCGGGCCAAGGAUGACGAGAGCGAGGCCGGUGAUACCCAGCCGCCACCAACGCCGACAGACCCUCGCUUGACACGUCCUGCUCAAUCUAGACCGACUGCAGGAUUCAACUCUCCCGAUGGCAUCCCCUCCACACAGAUGUCAGAGGCGCAGGCCGCCCAGCAAGCCGCCAAUAAUAGCACCAUGACUCAAUUCAUGAAGCCCAAGUUUGCUCGUGCCCCGAUCAAGGAAGCUGGACGAGUGGCCUAUCUUGGAGAAUCUUCAAACCUAUCCCUGCUAGUCCACGACCGACACGGUAAUACAGAUGUGGUUCAUUAUCCAUUACCAGAGAACAUCAGAGGGGCUCGCGCGCGCUUGACCGAGCCAGACCAGAUGGAAAUUGAAAUUCUGCAACAGAGAGGUGCAUUCCUGCUUCCUCCGCGGACCCUGUGCGAUGAGCUUGUUGAAGCUUAUUUUCGUUGGGUACAUCCCAUUGUGCCGGUCAUCAAUAGAACACGAUUCAUGAAGAGGUACAAAGACACCAAGAACCCUCCCUCGUUGCUCCUCCUCCAAGCGAUCCUCCUUGCCGGCUCUCGGGUCUGCACAAACCCACAGCUGAUGGACGCCACGGGCUCAACGACGCCUGCUGCCAUGACUUUCUACAAGCGUGCAAAAGCACUAUACGACGCCAACUACGAAGAUGACCGCAUUACGAUAGUGCAGGCCUUGAUGCUAAUGGGCUGGUACUGGGAAGGCCCCGAAGAUGUGACGAAAAACGUCUUUUACUGGACCAGGGUGGCCAUUGUCGUUGCACAAGGAGCUGGCAUGCAUCGAAGUGUCGAGAGCUCGCAGUUGAGUCGACAGGACAAGCGUUUGUGGAAAAGAGUGUGGUGGUCGCUGUUCACGAGAGACCGGUCGGUCGCGGUGGCGCUGGGGCGUCCUGUGUCGAUCAACACUGACGACUCCGACGUCGAAAUGAUCACCGAGGAGGAUUUUAUCGAAGACGAAGGCGAUCCGAGCAGUGAAUACCAGCCGGACCCGGUCCACGUUCAGUUCUUCCUGCAAUACGUCAAGCUAUGCGAGAUCAUGGGUCUCGUGCUCUCCCAGCAGUACUCGGUGGCGUCUAAGGCCCGAAGGACCAACGCCAUUGACCUCACCCACAGUGAUAUGGCACUGGCGGACUGGUUGCAGAACUGUCCGCGGGAAGUAUAUUGGGAGCGUUCCCGCCAUCAUUUUUGGUCCGCGUUGCUACAUUCAAAUUACUACACUACGCUAUGUCUACUACAUCGAGCCCACAUGCCUCCUGCCACAGCAAAACCCAAUGACUAUGAGAACGUGGACAUGGCUUACCCGUCAAGGACGAUUGCAUUCCAGGCAGCUGGAAUGAUUACAUCUAUAAUGGAAAACCUCCUCGCCCAUGACCAGGUCAAAUAUACGCCUGCUUUCAUUGUAUACAGCUUGUUUUCUGCACUGAUCAUGCAUGUCUACCAGAUGCGCUCAUCGGUGCCGUCAGUUGUGGCGGCAAGCCAGGAACGGAUCAACGUGUGCAUGAAUGCCCUAAAAGAAGUGUCCAAGGUAUGGCUGGUAGCCAAGAUGGUCCAUACUCUCUUCGAAUCAAUCCUCGGGAACAAGGUCUUGGAGGAGAGACUGCAGAAGGCGACGGGCAAGAAAGCUCAGCGAGCCAAAAUGAAUCAAGCUACUGGAGUAUCUGGCCAUGCGAACGGCAGCGCCAAUGGACCGACAGCUGCUCCCUCACAUCUGGGACUGGCCCCAAAUCCGGCCAAACGAAAAUUCGACGACAUCGACCUGGGUUUCAGCGUUGGUCCUCCUGCACCACAAAUGUCUUAUGAGCGCUCGCGACCACAAACUCCUGCGGUAACACCUUCGCGAGAAAUCCCUCAACAUCAACAUCACAACUUCCUCGGAUCACCUCCAUUGCCAUCAGAGCACUUGCCAGCCUCUCGAUCUCGAGGGGCUUCUCGAAUCCCUUCCCGGGGUCCUACGAGGGCCAAUUCACCCUUCAAUGGCUACUCAAUACCCGCGACUCCUCCGGACCUCUUCCUGGUGACCAGAGAUUCUCCCAACAUUUCACAGCAACUGUGGGAGAACUUUCAACCCGAUCAGCUUUUCCCUAACGGGACGAUUGGUGACGUUACCAACUUCGCCAGUCCCAUAUUGAACCACGCGGUUGACCCUCAAUUACAGAUGCAGCAGCCCAUGGGAGGUCAGCAAAUGCCACAGCUUGACAUGUCCGGCCAGCCUCAAGUCUGGCCACCCGGGAUGCAAGGCAUGAUGGGUGCCGGGAUGGAGAUGCACGAUAGCGACGGAUGGUCAACGAGUUCAAUUGGAAACGCUCCAGUGGCCCCGACGACGUUGAAUGUAGAAGACUGGUUCCAAUUCUUCGGUAUCAACGGGGAAAUGGCCGGCAUGCAGGUGGAUGGCACUUGAUGGUCGAAGUUGUACAAAAGUUAGCAUUCGGUCAAUGAUCAGCGGUGUUAUGUGGUGCUCUGUCGGAAAGUCAUGUCACUGAUCGGGCAUCAGCUGUCCCAGUGUCGUACUGUAGAAUGUCUGUAAAACACCUAAAUAGAGACAUGGGCGCGGCCAUCUUCGUCCAGGGCCGCGCAAGAUAAAGGGAAGAAACGAACUAUGACAGACAGCACGGAUCAUCCACAUACUUCGACAUACUCUGUAUUUAUUACUGAGAAAGUGACAGAUUGAUUAUUUGGGCCUUGAAAAUUGCCCCUGAGAGGUGGAAGCUAGCAAGAGUUGGUGGUUGGCAUGUCAAUGCGAGUGCAUGUGUGCAUUUUGCAUGGUGCUUUGGUGGUGGAUACAGGC